UCCAUCGUCAAAGCAAUUAGCUUGGAGAUCUAUAGCAAAAUGAAACUUUUCCUAGCGUGCAUCUUUAUUGCCGCCGCGACGGCUGCAGUGAUUCCUGUCGAACAAACCAGGCACCGUCGUGACGUCUCCGAGAUCGUGAACGAGUACAUCCCGCCGGCGGAGGAAGUUGGCGCCGAGCUGGCCCAAGACCCCGCCGCUCUGGGAGAAGAUGGAUACCGCUACAAGACCGUGCGCAGGCUGAAGCUCCGCCACCGCCGCGACGUUUCCGAGAUCGCCAACGAGUACCUGCCCCCUUCGGAGGAGCUUGUGGCCGACGCCCCAGUCGAGGAGGUUCCAGUGGAGGAGGCCAGCCAGGAUUCCGCUGUUCUCUCCGCCGAUGGAUACAAGUACAAGACCGUGCGUCGUCUCAAGUACCGCCAACGCCGUGAUGUGUCCGAGAUCGCCAACGAAUACCUGCCACCCACCGAGGAAGUUGUUGCCGACGCUCCAGUUGAGGAAGUUCCCGUUGAGGAGGCCAGCCAGGACUCCGCUCUCCUUUCCGCUGAUGGAUACAAGUACAAGACUGUCCGCCGCUUGAAGUACCGCCAGCGUCGUGAUGUGUCCGAGAUCGCCAAUGAGUACCUUCCCCCUUCUGAGGAAGUUUCCACCGAAGCCCCCAUUGAGGAAGCCCCCGUUGAGGAAGCCAGCCAAGAUUCCGCUGUUCUUGCUGCCGAUGGUUACCAAUACAAAACCGUGCGUCGCCUGAAGUACCGUCAACGCCGUGAUGUCUCUGAGAUCGCCAAUGAGUACCUGCCACCCACUGAGGAAGUUGUUGCUGAUGCCCCAGUUGAAGAGGUUCCAGUUGAGGAAGCUUCUCAAGAUUCCGCUGUUCUCUCUGCCGAUGGAUACAAGUACAAGACUGUCCGCCGCCUCAAGUACCGCCAACGCCGUGACGUCUCUGAGAUUGCCAACGAAUACCUGCCCCCUUCUGAAGAAGCUGCCACCGAAGCACCAAUUGAGGAUGUCCCCGUUGAGGAAGCCAGCCAAGAUUCCGCUGUCCUUGCUGCCGAUGGUUACCAGUACAAGACUGUCCGUCGUUUAAAGUACCGCCAGCGCCGUGAUGUGUCCGAGAUCGCCAAUGAAUACUUGCCCCCUUCGGAGGAGGUUGUCACCGAGGCCCCCAUUGAGGAAGCUCCAGUUGAGGAAGCUUCUCAGGACUCCGCUGUUCUGGCCGCCGAUGGAUACCAGUACAAGACCGUGCGUCGCCUGAAGUAUCGUCAACGUCGUGAUGUUUCUGAGAUUGCCAACGAGUACCUGCCCCCUGCCGAAGUUAUUGCUACCGAAGCUCCCGUUGAGGAAGCUCCAGUUGAGGAAGCCUCUCAGGACUCCGCCGUCUUGGCUGCCGAUGGAUACCAGUACAAAACUGUGCGUCGUUUGAAGUACCGCCAGCGUCGUGACGUUUCCGAGAUCGCCAAUGAAUAUCUGCCCCCUACUGAGGAAGUUGUUGCCGACGCUCCAGUUGAGGAAGUUCCCGUUGAAGAAGCCAGCCAGGACUCCGCUGUCCUUUCCGCUGAUGGAUACAAAUACAAGACUGUCCGCCGCCUCAAGUACCGUCAACGCCGUGACGUCUCUGAGAUCGCCAACGAAUACCUGCCGCCCACUGAGGAAGUUGUUGCUGAUGCCCCAGUCGAAGAGGCACCAGUUGAGGAGGCUUCCCAGGAUUCUGCUGUUCUUUCCGCCGAUGGAUACAAGUACAAGACUGUCCGCCGCCUGAAGUACCGCCAGCGUCGUGAUGUUUCCGAGAUCGCCAAUGAGUACCUGCCCCCAUCUGAGGUUGUUGCCACCGAAGCCCCCAUUGAGGAAGCCCCCGUUGAAGAAGCCAGCCAGGAUUCCGCCGUCCUAGCUGCCGAUGGUUACCAGUACAAGACCGUGCGUCGCCUGAAGUACCGCCAGCGCCGGGAUGUUUCCGAGAUCGCCAACGAGUACCUGCCUCCUGCGGAGGAGGUUGUCACCGAGGCUCCCGUGGAGGAGGCUCCUGUUGAGGAAGCUUCUCAGGACUCCGCCGUCCUGGCCGCCGAUGGAUACCAGUACAAGACCGUGCGUCGCCUUAAGUACCGCCAGCGCCGCGACGUGUCCGAGAUUGCCAGCGACUACCUGCCGCCCGCCGAGGAGGAGGUGGUGGCUGAUGCGCCCGUCGAGGAAGCGUCCCAGGACUCCGCCGUCCUCGGCGACGAGGGCUACCAGUACAAGACAGUGCGCCGCCUGAAGCUGCGUCACCGCCGAGCCCUGUAAGUCCGGACGUAUGAAGAUAAACCUGUACCUGAGCUGCUCGUUCACGACCAGAACCCCUCACCCCACCAACCAACCACUACUAGGACAUAAGUUUGCUAUUAUUUAACGAUCGAAAUCAACGAAUAAAUCCAACGAGAAUUGUUAUACCAUAA